AAAUUAACCACCCAAAAUAAAGAUGGGCUUUUUGAAGACUAUCGCUUCCCACUUUGAUGCUCUAAUAGGGCCGGGGGUGAUGCUUCUGUACCCUUUAUAUGCAUCGAUGCGAGCAAUCGAGAGCCCUUCGCCACUUGAUGAUCAGCAGUGGCUCACGUACUGGGUCUUGUAUUCAUUGACCACCCUUUUUGAGCUUUCCUGCUAUAGAGUUUUGGUCUGGUUUCCUUUGUGGCCAUACAUGAAGCUUUUGUUUUGCAUAUGGCUUGUUCUGCCAAUAUUCAAUGGAGCUGCCUUCAUAUAUGAGAACUAUGUGAGGAAAUAUGUAAGAAUUGGGAGCUAUGUCAGCUCAAACUACAGCAUGGAGCAAAGAAGGGCCAUACAAUUAAUGAGUCUCGAUGCGAGGAAGGCGGUCGAACGUUACAUCGAGCGGUACGGACCCGAGGCUUUCGAACGAGUCAUCAAUGCGGCUGAGAAAGAAGCAAGGAAACAUUGAAGUGUUUUCUUUUUCCUCUGAGGUCUCCA